GUUGGAGAAUUCGCUCCAGAGGCCUGAGUGCCAUGCCAGAGGGGUCCCACUCUGCUCUCCACCAGGGCCCAAUGGGGGAAGAAUCUCCUCAGUUGUCUUCGCCCCUCUCCACCAGUGAACAUGACGUGGCAAAAAAUGACUUGGGCCCAGACUACAGCCGGCUAUGUGUGGAGCCACUGGACGAAGAGGGUGAACGUCCAGUGAGCCUGGUGUCCACCCUGUCCUCUGGUUCAUCCCGCGAUAGUCGCAGCCUCUUUGGAAGCACCGUAGCCCUUCCUUCCUCCAUCACCCCACCUAUGCAGAGCGAGGAGGACAUAGACCUUGAGCUGAGCCCGGCCGAGAGCACUGGAGAGCGGCCAGCGGACCGGAGUCCCACCCUCACAUCCUCCAGGGGCCGCUGGCAGGAACAGCGGGAGCCCAGGGUGAUCAGCAACCAGUGGAACAACAACAACGCCACCUCCAACAGGAAGGCAAGUGGGGAAAUACCUCACAUCUUCGCCUCGCCUGUCGUUACACACGCCAUGGCGCCCAACCCAAAGCUGACCUAUUUGGAUCGUGUUGUCAUGGAGAUCAAUGAGACGGAGCGCAUGUACGUCAAGGACCUGCGCAGCAUCGUGGAGGACUACUUGGCUCACAUUAUCGAUAUGGGCGACCUUCCCAUACAGCCAGAGCAAGUGUGUGCUCUGUUUGGGAACAUAGAGGACAUAUAUGAGUUCAACAGCGAGCUGCUGCAGUCCUUAGACAUGUGUGAGAAUGAUCCUGUGGCUAUUGCUCGAUGCUUUGUAGAUAAGAGUGAAAACUUUGAAAUAUACACCCAGUAUUGCACCAACUAUCCCAACUCAGUGGCAGCACUGACCGACUGCAUGAGGAGUAAAACUUUGGCCACGUUCUUCAGGGAUCGACAGGCGGCUCUGAAGCGCUCCCUCCCUUUGGGCUCCUAUCUGCUAAAGCCGGUCCAGAGGAUACUGAAGUAUCAUCUGCUGCUUCAGGAAAUUGCGAAGCACUUUGACUCGGACGAGGAGGGCUAUGAAGUCAUUCAGGAGGCCAUAGACACCAUGACGGGCGUGGCCUGGUACAUCAACGAUAUGAAGAGGAAACAUGAACAUGCUGUCAGAGUGCAGGAGAUACAGUCACUUCUGAUCAACUGGAAGGGUCCUGACCUGACCACCUAUGGAGAGCUGGUGCUGGAGGGCACCUUUCAUGUCCUGCGGGCGAAGAACACCCGUACACUCUUUCUCUUCGACAGGAUGCUUCUCAUUACCAAGAAAAGAGGGGAACACUACGUCUACAAGAUCCACAUCUCAUGCUCCACCCUAAUGCUACUUGACAGUGCCAAGGAUCCCCUGCUCUUCAGUGUUAUCCAUUUUAAGCAUCCCAAGCAACCCCAUACAGUGCAGGCCAAGUCAGUAGAAGAGAAGCGUCUCUGGUUCCAUCACAUUAAGAGGCUCAUUCUUGAGAACCACAACACCAUCGUGCCACAGAAGGGAAAAGAAGCCACCCUGGACAAUUCUAUCUAUCCAGGGAAGUACCACUAUAGUCCUGAGAGGCUGAAGAAAGCAGAGUCCUACCAAGCGGACGACUUCCAUCUUGGAGGGCGGCAUGGGAGAAGGAGAUCAGAGCCUGCAAAACAAAUCAUAUGGAGCACAAAAGCUGUUUUGAAGCAUGCAGACAGUGAGGGUUCACUGCUGGGGGAGAGUCGUUCCCUUCAGCCAGCCACUAGUGUCAGUACGCUGGCCUCCAGUCUAAGCGAGUCUCAGGCUGAGAGGCCAUGUGCUGAGGAUCUAAUUCCCAGAAGCGACUCUCUGGAGCAGCUAAGUCCUUCUGACAGUGACCCGAAACUGGGUUCUCCACCCAGUGAGGGGGGGCUGACGCUGGAGAAGGCAGAAGAAGCAAAGGAAGAGGAGGAGGGGGAGAGUUAUAAGGAAGAUAUACUGAUGGGAGACGACCAGGUAGCCGACUUUGCCAGCUCAGUGCUGGCAGCCAUCUCCUGCUGGCACUAUAGAGCCAGGGCUUUGCUUUCUACUCACUACACAACGGAUGAUCAAAUUGGAGAUACGGCUGAACUGAAAACCACACCAACAGAGGAAGUAACGACUCACAGGCAGGAGGGAAACCAUCUGUAUGUGGCUGUGAAAGAAACUCUUGCCACACAGGUCAGUGUGGAGGAGCUAUGCCGUCUAGACUGUGUCCCUCAAGCAAGAAAAAGUCCUCAGCUAGAUGUGCAUAACUCCCAGUGCCCUGAGUCUCCGGUCUACCCUUUGCAACAAGGAGCCGACACGCCAGAAGCUCAGGAUAACUCAAGAGAAACAGCAGACGAAGAGGAAGGGGAGAGCGAUUCCUCUGUUCUCCAAGUGGAGGAGACGAGUGUACUGACAAAUGGGGAACUCUCAGAGGAAGACGAAGAGGGGCUGUCAGACAAUAAAAGCAUCCUACCUUCCUCUGUGCUGGACCAGGCAAGUGUGAUAGCUGAGCGCUUCAUCAGCAGCCUGUCGAGACGGAGCAGUCUGGUUUCAGAGGACUUGGGGUCCCUCGCGUGCCCCUCACCCUCAAUAGAUAAUGACAUUUUCAAAAGCCCCUCAGCUUGCAUGGAUUUAGAGCAACAGACUCAAAUGUUGGCCAGCUCUUCCCCAGAGCCACAGGUGAUCUCCGAGGAUGAUCUGUCAACGCCUACACCCGAUCCCGCACUGAAUAGCCUCGUUGAAGAGGAACUCAGGUCGACUCUCUCUAAACAAGAUCGCCUCCUCAUCUGCAAGAUCAGAAGAUACUAUGAGCACGCUGAGCACGAAGAUGCUACCUUUAGCAUCAAGCGCAGGGAGAGUCUCUCCUAUAUCCCAGCAGGUCUGGUCCGGCACCUGAGCCGUCAGCUGAACACUAUUCCUCAGGAACAGGCCGUCCCAGUUCAUAAGAAAGACCUCUCUCGAAACCGCCCCACUUCCUGGUCAGUGUUUGACCUUCCUGGCUUGGAAAAGAGCCGAAACACUGACACUCAUCAAAAGACCCAAUCACAGAGACCAGCGGAAGCUAAGGCUAGAUCCCAGAGCAUCACAGAUGCCUCUACAACAGAGGAAGAGUUCAGACCCUCAUCAGACAUGGUCAAGGUUUGGCAAGACAUGGAAAUGGAGGAGGAGAGACAGGAAGUCCUGCAGAUAACAGAGGAGCAACCUAAUGACUUAAAAUUAGAAACAACAUUGGAUGACAGCUCAGCCACUUCAGAUGUUGAAACCAGUAAGCAACCACCUCCUAUUUUAGAGACGUCUGAAACUGCCACAACCUCAGAUAGAUCCUCCAUCUCAUCCCCCACCACAACUUUUCCAGCAGUGGAGGGGGGAUCCUGUCAGGACUCAACGUCUCAAGACAAGAGCCACAUCAACAAUGGCCAACUACCCAAGAUCAUUAGCUUCCGAACAAGUAUGGAUGAGGACCAGAUCCUACAAGACAUGGGGAAGAUGAAGAGCAAGGUGUUUCAGCUGGCACGUCAGUACAGUCAGCGCAUCAAAAGUAACAGGCCAAUGGUCUGGCCGAGGAACCGAGAAAAAGCAAAUCAACAGAGCUUCAAGAGUUUGCCUGCUGUCCGUGAGGAGAAGAUGCAAUUUAGGAAAAAGGGUAAACCCAGCCUGAGGUUGCCCUUGAACACUUGCGAUCAGUCAGUUGUCCAUGAAGAGCGUUCGCCAAGCCCGGUCCAGACCCCCAGCUCUGGAUCCAGCACCCAGAGCACAGUAACCAGCCCACGAAGCGCAACCUCAGAGACGGUGACCUUCCACUGGCCUGCCGUACAGGAACUGCGCACCAAAUACAAAGAAACCUCCCACUCCUCUAAAGUAACCGGCAGCUGCACAGGCCCAAACGCCAUGCUGGAGUGCUGUACAAAUAGGUGUAAUGGGUGCUCACACAAGUACAAUAGCUCCUCUGACAUUCACAAAGCUCUGACAAGGUCAGAGUCUGAAACAGCACACAAAGAAAGGUGUCUUGUGGUAGAGGACUGGGUCCAGCCCCAGCUUCAGCCCCUGCUGUGCAGGUGGAGCUCCUUGGACCACAUGGUUGGGUCUCUUCCCCUCCAUGAAGUACAGAACUUUCAGGAACCUGUGAGGACCUGCUUCACAACAAGUCAGGUGUCUCUGAUAACAACAAAAACUGUCAAUGAAGGGGACAACGUCCUCCAGGAGGAACUAGACUGUACCACAAAGACUGCUGCCCCGGUUUCAGGGAAAAUUACUGAAACUAAUCUUGUGAAAAGCUUACGAGAAAAGUUCCAGAGCUUAACCACAAGCUCAUGAACAUGUGAUUUAUGUAAAUUUUUUAUUUUAUCAGGGACUAUCACGUGGAAACCAGUUAACUGAUGCUUCUCAGCAUCCUCCUUUCCCCCCAAAAGAAUGCAACUUGUUGUCUGCACAUUUUUUUCAGUAUAGGGUACACGGUGAUGUUUUCUGCACCAGUCAAACAUAAAGGGAUAUUAUUGUUCAUUGGUGAGGGCCAUGAGGAGAAAGCAUAUUGUCUUUAAAAAGGUUUAUUGCAAUAUUUGUACAUUAGUAUUUGUCUGCACUGUACAAUACAAGUUUUUUGUUUUUAAGAAUUGUAUAUAGUCCCCUGUAAUUGAGGAUUAUGUUCUACUUUAAUAUUAUUUGCAUCAAUUUGGUUCCCACCCACUCUUGGUAAUUCUUGCGCUAACCACUACAGAACUAUUAUCAUUAAACAUGUAAACUGUCAGCUAGCAUUUCAGGGGAAAGCAAGAAGGAGUUAGAGUCUCAUUGAUGAGAGAUCUCUGUUGUUGCCAAAGUCUCUAACCGUACACCAAAGAGGGUUUGCUUUUAACCUUUGUUGACUUUAAUGCAUGUGUUCACAACAGUAAUUUGCUUCCAUGUUUAUGUAAUGUUUUCACAAACUAUCACUGGAGCUUUUCAAUAAGCUGUAUAUAGCUGUAUUAUUUAUGAAACUGUAUAUUUGGGAGAGAUUGGCCUCAUGUAAAUACUGACCCGUAGCAGCCCUUUUUACUUUUCCAUUCCAGAACACAUGUUAUAUCAUACUUGAAGAUUCCAAUAUUUUCAAUAAAUACAGAACUGGUUAAUGUC